AUGAGAAGUUCCAGUGAAUCUCUCCUACAUAUCGCUCUGCUAUCGCUUGGCCUUCUGCUGUGUCAAUAUACCGUCGACCUCGUGGAACCACCUCCUCGCUGUGGAACCCGACUCGUGGCGGUCCCUGGGACGAUCGUUCGCGGUCAGCCCAGCUGGCCAGGACAAUUUCCGUGGCAUGCUGCGCUCUACCGACUGGAACGAGCCCAAGCUAGUGCCUCCUACGUCUGUGGGUGCUUUAUCGUGGGUGACCGGACCUUGUUAACGGCCGCCCAUUGCGUAACGGAUGCCAGUGGCUUUCAGCUGGCCGCUAGUGAGUUGACGAUUCGGGCUGGACUGCACGACCUGCUCGUGCUGGCGCGUUACUCUCAAGAACAUCAGGUUCAGCGGAUCGUCCGGCAUGGGAACUACUCACUUGGAUCUCCUCGACAUGACGUGGCUCUUCUGACACUCCGUACGGUUGUCGAGUUCGGUGAGUUCGUGCAACCGAUCUGCCUACCGGAUGGAGAAACUAGCUUGCCGCGGCGUGGAAUCGUGGCAGGCUGGGGCCGUACUGAGGACCACUUACUUGCAAGAACACUUCGAGCCAGUGCAAUGCCGAUCAUCGAUUUCCUACCCUGCUUGCAAAGCGAUCCGGACCUUUUUGCUCACGUGCUGUACGAUGGAAUGUUCUGUGCUGGUUGGCAAAAUGGCACGAACGUCUGUAACGGUGACAGUGGAGGUGCGUUUGUGGCCAUCAUCAACGGCAGCUGGACGGCGUUCGGAAUCGUAUCGUUCACGGGCCUGCAGGAGGACACCGCCGAUGGGCAGUCCUUUCGCUGCGACACCAAAAGUUUGGCCGGAUUCGUCAGCAUCCCAAAGUACCGCCAUUGGAUUGAGCACGUGACCCAGCGUGAAGGAGUAACACUGUCCACCGACACCGAUGCCACAUUGGUCCCGGAACGAGAACGUCCAUUCACUCAAGAUUCGAGAGUGGAUGAAAGAAUGGAAAGGGUCAGCGAACAAAGGUGCCGUCGGUAUCGGAAGGAAUGUGACGACCUCUCGCAGGACCUCUCAUAUCUGGCGUACGUCGUGAGGCCUGAUCGCAGCCACUUCGACGAGCUUCCUCAAGGAUACCCCCGGCUGGUGAUUGAUUGCUUUGCCGUGCUGAUAAGUGACCGGUUUCUCCUGACACCGGCCAGCUGCUCCGUUCCGUCGAACAAAGGCGCAGCACCGGCGAAACAAUUCAUUAUCCUGGAGGCGGCCGGUCGCGCGACGGACUGCGGCAUACGGACAUUCCAUCAACACCCGGAUUUUGUCAACAACCCGCCGGCAGCUGGCGACCGCGAAACGCCGGACCAGAGCAAUCUCGCACUAAUCGAGCUGGAACGCCCGGUACCCCUGUCCACCUGUCAGUUUGUGUGCCUUUGGGCCGGUGCCGACGACGGUGCUCUGGGCCAAAUCUUUCUCUACUCGGCCGUGAACGGUUCUGUCGCCGGGAUUGAGGCCUUGGACCGGGGGCAUCACCGUGUGCGGCCGGACAGCCCAUGCUACGACGAACUGCUGGCGCCCAUGGUGAUGGUACAGGAGCGGGGCGCGGACGGUGGCGAGGGUCCCUAUCGAUUGGUAGGCAUUGUCCUGCAGAGAACUUGUACUAAACUGCGCUUCAUCAGGGUGGCUCCCUUUCUUCGUUGGAUCGAGGAGCUCGUGUGGGGGAGUUUAUAA